AUGAACUGGGUCAGUGACAAGGAUGAGUCUUCGAAUGAUGAAGAUUUUAAAAUGAAAUUCUACAUCACAAGACAGUUCAAAAAUUUCAGGAAGAAUGCCAAUGCGAAAGGAUUUGACAAGGACCAAAAGCAAUCUAGCUCUUCACAGUUCAAGAGCCAAGAUAACGGGAAGAAGGAUGUUAGGGAUGGCGAUAAUGAUGACGAGGGAAUCUUGAAUGCCUUCACUGCCGCUGUGAAUCCUACUGAAGGGAUCGUUGAUGAGGCUUCAGAGGAUGAGGGCGAUGAUAAUGGCUCUGGUGAUGAUGAUGAUGAGGAUGCUAGCUCUUCCGGUGACGAGGAGAUGACUACUUCUCAAUGA